CAGGGCGGCACUUUGGUUGCUUUGGUCCAAGGGAGAGCCAGGAAACGAAAAAGUGCCUUUGGGAGCGGAGCAGAGCUCCAGGAAGCGGCUCUGCGCCUUCUGGAUCACCAUCAGAACCUGAAUGACCUCCUUCUGGAGGUGGGAGAUUCAGUCAAGCCAGGUGGACAGGGUGGUGUAGAGCACCAGGAAGUAUCAUCAGAAUCAUUUAUAGUCUCUGUUCUGCAGGAACAGGCCUCAAGAUUGGGUGUACCCAUAGCAAUCUUGGCAGCCAAAAAUGCUGUUACCAACAUCGAGCGCAUCUGCCAGGUUUCUGCAAGCCCCUCUCAAGUACCACUGCUGAACUUGGACCAGAGAAAGAGGUUGUCUUGCUUGCUUCAAACAGUCAAGGAUUUGCUGGCGAACAAUGUGUUCUGUCGCUCACUCUUCUGCCAAGAAAUGUGGAAAAUGAAGGACCCUCCAGUGCUGGAAGCUGUGUGGCAUCUGCACAGAGAUGACAUCGUUGGACUGGGAGAGCUGCUGGAGAGCAACCCGGCCGCCCCUGCUGUGGUGGAGUGGCUGUGCAGCAGCCUUCAUGGCCUCUGUGAGCAGGCGGAGUCUUCCUCCCGGGAUGUGGAGCUGGCUGGGCACAUCCUCUCAGACUUUGCGAUCAUGUUUCUUCAGAAUGGCUUUCAGCAAACUUCGGAGCUGGGAAGGAAGUUGGAAUUCAAAAAAGUCCCCUAUAUCUGUCAUGCUGUCUUACAAAGAAUGUUGACAUGGGUCCUUGAUGCUGUUGGUAAAGAGAAGCAGGAAGAUGUUUCCACGUUGCAAGCUAUGAAGUUCUGGCUGAAUGUGUUCAGUGUGUCAGUUUAUAAAAGUGUGGUUCGUCCGGAUUCCUUGCAGCAGUUUUUUAGACACACCCUGACCGAGGUUCUUACCUACAACCCAUUGUUGAAAGUGUCUGAUGCCAUCCAUAUGCAGAAAGAGUGGAGCUUUACAAGAACUUGUUCGCUGCUCACUACCUUGUAUCGCAAACUGUUCGUGGCAUUCAGUGCAAAGGAGUCAAUCUGCCAGCUGCAGCAAGUCCUGGAGACUCAUGAAGUGAACUGGCAGCAUGUCCUGUCCUGUGUUUCCACGCUGGUAGUUUGUCAGGCAGAGGCUGAGCAGCUGUUCAAAGAUCUACUGAGCCAUCUCCUGAUAAAGGCCUUUGAGAAUUAUGAUAUGGAAAAUAUGAUCACUGCAUUCCUGAUAGCUCGUCAGGCUGCUCUAGAGGGCCCUGCUGUGUUCAUGCCUUACUCCGAAUGGUUUAAGGCUUCCUUUGGGAAUGCUGGUGGUCACCACGGGAGCAGUAAGAAAACUCUGGUCUUCCUCUUUGAGUUCUUGUCAGAGCUAGUGCCCUUUGAAGCAGCGCCGUACCUGAAGGUCCAUAUAAUGUACCCACCUUUUGUGCCAACAAAACAUCGGUCUAUUCUCUUGGAGUACAUCACUCUGGCUAAAACCAGACUGGCCGACCUCAAGGUUGCUAUAGAAGAUAUGGGACUCUAUGAAGACUUGUCUUCCACAGAUGAAUCUGUGCAGCCCCAGGGCCAGGCGCUUCGUGAUGUUGAAAAGGCCCUUCAGAUAUUUGAAAACACAAGGAAGAUCCCAACAUCUGUGAUAGAGGCCAGUAUUUUCAGGCGACCAUAUUAUACUUCCUGGUUUCUUCCUGCUUUGCUCAGGCCACGUGUGCUCCCUAAAACCCCAGAUGUGCGCAUGGCUUUUAUAGAUUCUUUAAAGAGAGCUGAUAAAAUACCCUCAAACUUGUACUCCACGUACAUGCAAGCCUGUCGUGCUAUGAAAGAGAAAAUGUUACAAGAUGAAUCAAAAAUAGAGCCCAGCCAUUCCAAAGAGCCUGCUGAGCAGCUGAAGGCUGAACUGGCUGAACUAAGGAUGCUGAUUGUGGACCAGGCUAAACAUGAAG